AUGAACAGAAGUCUCAAUACCAUGCAUUUCCAGUCAACUGAUGCUGUCGCUCUUGCCUGUAUUUUUGUUGUUACCCUUAUCGUGUACAGGGCCCUGCAACACCGGUCGUCCAGUGCGCGACUUCCUCCAGGUCCUCUAGGGAUCCCUAUUUUUGGUAAUAUAUUCCAAGUUUCGGCUCUGAGGCCGCACCCAAAGUUCAGAGCAUGGGCCGUGAAAUACGGGAAGAUCUUCUACCUCCGUCUUGGAUCUCAAAAUAUAAUCGUCCUUAACUCCCCCGAUGCUGCAGACGAACUCCUUGGAAACCGUAGCAGCAAGUAUUCGAGUCGCGCGACUCCUCAUGUAGCCCAUGAUAUCAUGAGUGAUGGGCAGCGCAUGGUAUUCAAGCCAUAUGAUAAGGAAUGGAAGACUAUACGAAAAAGUAUGCAAGGUGUCAUUGGUUUCCAUGCGUCGAAGCAGCAUCGCAAGAACCAAGAGCUGGAGUCUCGCGUCCUAUUGUACGAUCUUUUAUGCCACGGCGAUCAGAGUAUUAGGGAGGUCCAGACCGAAGGCCCGAACGGCGGAAUUCCUGAGCGUCAUUGGUUUGCCAUAAUCAGAAGAUUUACUACAAGUGUGGCCUUAAGCAUACUAUAUGGUAAACGCGUGCAUCGACUACACAAUAAUCCUCAAUUGCAUAAAAUCUAUGACGUCUUUGGAAACUUCGUUCGCGUUGCACAGCCUGGAAAUUACCUCGCGGAUACCUUCCCCAUCCUUCGCACGCUUCCUGAUGUAUUUGCGCCCUGGAGAGUUGAGGCACAAAGGAUGCAUGAAUGGGAGAUGGAGCUCUGGGGUGGCCUCCUAGAUGACUCUGUGGCAGCGUUACGUGGAGGGAUUGUCCGAUCUGGAUUCAUAGAUCGAUAUCUUCGAGCUCGAGCGGAGGCGGGACACGAAAUUGCUCCGGGUAAAGGACUCACCGAUAACGGCUGGAUGCGCGAUAAACUCCUUGCAUAUGCAACCGGAGACGUGCUCGAGGCAGGCUCCGACACAACAGCUGGCACCAUACAAGCAUUUAUUUUGUUUAUGCUUAACUACCCGCAUGUUUUACGUCGCGUGCGAGAAGAAGUCGACGAGGUAAUCGGUGCCGAAAGAAUGCCGAAUUUCGAGGACGAGGAUAAUCUCCCAUAUUUGGUUGCUUGCAUCAAGGAGACACUGAGAUGUCGCCCGCCAGCAAUGCUGGGUGUCCCACACCGAGUGGACGAAGAUGACACGUACGAAGGCUACUUCAUACCCAAGGGAUCUACAAUAAUCGGAAAUGUGUGGGCGAUGCAUAUGAAUUCACACCGCUUCCCAGAUCCGGAUAUUUUCGAACCUGCACGCUUCCAUACGACCGGCGAGCCCACUAAAUGGGGCGGUGGUCCAGAUGCGCUAAACCGCUCUCAUUACGUUUUUGGCUGGGGACGUCGAUUUUGUCAAGGCAGCUACGUUGCUGAGGCUUCGCUCUUUAUUGCACUUUCCCGUCUGAUCUGGGGCAUUGAUAUCUCUGCCCCUGUAGACGGGCUCACGGGAAAACAAAUUAUUCCAGACAUAUCUAAUGAAGAAUUGACCUGGAGUGAUGGGUUCAUCAAUGGACCAAGGCUGUUUGGCGUCCGGUUUAACCCUAGAUCGGAGAAACACGCCAAAUUAAUCCGGGACUCGUAUGACGAUGUACAAUUGGAAUGGCAGACUAUGGGUCUUGAUGGAGACGAACGAUGA